AUGGCGGAAGAAGGAGCCGUGGCCGUCUGCGUGCGAGUCCGGCCUCUCAACAGCAGAGAAGAAGCACUUGGAGAAGCUACCCAAAUUUCAUGGAAAACUGACAAUAAUGCUAUUUAUCAAGUUGAUGGGAGUAAAUCCUUCAAUUUUGAUCGUGUCUUUUAUAGUGAUGAAACUACUAAAAAUGUGUAUGAAGAAAUAGCAGCGCCAAUCAUUGAUUCUGCCAUACAAGGCUACAAUGGCACUAUAUUUGCCUAUGGGCAGACUGCUUCUGGAAAAACUUACACUAUGAUGGGUUCAGAAGAUUCUUUGGGAGUUAUACCCAGGGCAAUUCAUGACAUUUUCCAAAAAAUUAAGAAGUUUCCUGAUAGAGAAUUUCUCCUACGUGUGUCUUACAUGGAGAUAUACAAUGAAACCCUUACAGAUUUACUCUGUGGCACUCAAAAAAUGAAACCUUUAAUAAUUCGAGAAGAUGUCAAUAGGAAUGUGUAUGUUGCUGAUCUCACAGAAGAAGUGGUUUAUACAUCAGAAAUGGCUUUGAAAUGGAUCACAAAGGGAGAAAAGAAUAGACAUUAUGGGAAAACAAAAAUGAAUCAAAGAAGCAGUCGUUCCCAUACCAUUUUUAGGAUGAUUUUGGAAAGCAGAGAAAAGGGUGAACCUUCUAAUUGUGAAGGAUCUGUCAAGGUGUCCCAUUUGAAUUUGGUUGAUCUUGCAGGCAGCGAAAGAGCUGCUCAAACAGGAGCUGAAGGUCUGAGGCUCAAGGAAGGCUGUAAUAUAAAUCGAAGCUUAUUUAUUUUGGGACAAGUGAUCAAGAAACUUAGUGAUGGACAAGCUGGUGGUUUCAUAAAUUAUCGAGAUAGCAAAUUAACACGAAUUCUCCAGAAUUCCUUGGGAGGAAAUGCAAAAACACGUAUCAUCUGCACAAUUACUCCAGUGUCUUUUGAUGAAACCCUUACUACUCUUCAGUUUGCCAGCACUGCUAAAUAUAUGAAGAAUACUCCUUAUGUUAAUGAGGUAUCAAGCGAUGAAGCUCUCCUGAAAAGAUACAGAAAAGAAAUAAUGGAUCUUAAAAAACAAUUAGAGGAGGUUUCUUUAGAGACUCGGGCCCAGGCAAUGGAAAAAGACCAAUUGGCCCAACUUUUGGAAGAAAAAGAUUUGCUUCAAAAAGUACAGAAUGAAAAAAUUGAAAACUUAACACGGAUGCUGGUAACCUCUUCUUCCCUCACAUCACAACAGGAAUUAAAGAUUAAAAAAAAACGAAGAGUUACUUGGUGCCUUGGCAAAAUUAACAAAAUGAAGGACUCAAACUAUGCAAAUGAAUUUAAUAUGCCAAAGAAUAUAACAACAAAAACACACAAGGGUGCUGUAACUUUAUUAGGAGAAAUUGAUGAAUCUCUCUGUUCAGAGUCUGAUAUUUUCAGUCAUACUCUUGAUGCAUUAACUGAGAUAGAGUGGAAUCCAGCAACCAAGCUGCUAAGUCAGGAAAACAUAGAAAGUGAGUUGAACUCACUUCGUGCUAACUAUGAUAAUCUGAUAUUAGACUAUGAACAACUGAAAAGAGAAAAUGAAGAAAUGGCAUUGAAAUUAAAAGAAAAGAAUGAAUUAGAUGAAUUUGAGACUCUAGAAAGAAAAGCUAAAAAUGAUCAAGAGAUGCAACUAAUUCAUGAAAUUUCCAACUUAAAGAAUUUAGUUAAGCAUGCAGAAGUGUAUAAUCAGGAUCUUGAGAAUGAACUAAGUUCAAAAGUAGAGCUGCUUAGAGAAAGGGAAGACCAGAUUAACAAGCUACAGGAAUACAUAGACUCUCAGAAGUCAGAAAAUAUAAAAAUGGACUUGUCAUACUCAUCGGAAAACACUGAAGAUCUAAAACAAAUGAGACAGACUCUGUUUGAUGCUGAAACAGUAGCCCUCGAUGCCAAGAGAGAAUCAGCCUUUCUUAGAAGUGAAAAUCUGGAGCUGAAAGAGAAAAUGAAAGAACUUGCACAUACAUACAAGCAAAUGGAAAAUGAUAUACAGUUACAUCAAAGUCAAUUGGAGGCAAAAAAGAAAAUGCAAGUUGAUCUGGAGAAAGAAUUACAAUCUGCUUUUAAUGAAAUAAUGAAACUCACCUCCCUUAUAGAUGGCAAAGUUCCAAAAGAUUUGCUCUGUAAUUUGGAAUUGGAAAGAAAGGUUACUGAUCUCCAGAAAGAACUGAAUAAAGAAGUUGAAGAAAACAAAGCUUUGCAGAAAGAAGUUAAUUUGCUCUCAAAAUUGAAAUCUUUACCACCUGAAGUAGAAAUGAUGAGGAAAGAGAUACAUGAUAAAUCUGAAGAGCUCUGUAUAAUAACAUCAGAAAAAGACAAAUUGUCUUCUGAAGUAGUUCAUAAGGAGAGUAGAAUUCAAGGUUUACUUGAAGAAAUUAGGAAAACUAAAGAUGACCUAGCAACUGCCCAAUUGAGUUUUAAAAGCACUGAUCAAGAAUUCCAAGAUUUCAAAACUCUUCAUAUGGAAUGUGAGCAAAAGUAUAACAUGGUCCUUGAAGAUAAUGAGAGAAUGAAACAGGAAAUAGGAAAUCUCUCUAUGGAAGCAGAAAAUUUUGGUUUAAGCGUGGAUGCUUUGAAGACUGAGCUUUCUCAGAAGACCCAAGAACUUCAGCAGAAAACAACUGAGGGCCAAGAAAUGUUAAAUGAAAUGGAACAACUGAAAGAACAAUUAGAAAAUAGAGAUGCUAGGCUGCAAACUGUAGAAAGGGAGAAAACACUGAUUACUGAGAGACUUCAGCAAGCCACAGAAGAAGUAAAAACCCUAACCCACGAAAAAGAAGACCUAAAACAACUCCAAGAGAGCCUGCAAAGUGAAAGGGACCAACUCAAAAAUGAUAUUCAAGAUACUGUAAACAUGAACGUAGACACUCAAGAGCAAUUACGAAACGCUCUUGAGUCUUUGAAACAACACCAAGAAAUGAUUAAUAUGCUAAAAAUGAGAAUUUCUGAGGAAACUUCCAGGAAUUUGCAUGUAGAGGAUCACAUAGGAGAAACUGAAGGUGAAUUUCAGCAAAAGAUGUCUGGCACAGAUAAAAAUCAGAAUUUGGAAGCCAUAAAAACCCAAAAACUGAUUGCAGAUGUUAUGGAUGAUGAGGUAAUUGAGCAACAGAGGAAGAUAAUUUCUUUAACACAAGAGAAAAAUGAACUCCAACAAAUGUUAGAGAGUAUUAUAGCAGAAAAGGAACAAUUGAAGACUGACCUGAAGGAAAAUAUUGAAAUGACCAUUGAAAACCAGGAAGAAUUAAGAAUUCUUCGAGAUGAACUUAAAAAGCAGCAAGAGAUAGUCAUACAAGAAAAGAACCAUAUAGUAAAGAAAGAUGAAGAGCUUUCUAGGACCUGUGAGAAACUGGCAGAAGUUGAAGAAAAGCUGAAGGAAAAGAGCCAACAAAUCCAAGAAAAACAGCAACAAUUUUUUAGUGUACAAGAAGAGAUGAAUGAGAUGCAGAAAAAGAUGAAUGAAAUGGAGAAUUUAACAAAUGAAUUAAAGAACCAACAAUUAACAUUGGAAUGUAUGGAAACAGAGAGGCUUGAGUUGGCUCAGAAACUUCAUGAAAAUUAUGAGGAAAUGAAAUCUAUAACUAAAGAAAGAAAUGAUCUAAAGGAAUUACAGGAAUCAUUUGAAAUAGAGAGAGACCAAUUUAAAGGAUAUAUAAGAGAAAUUGAAGCUACAGGCCUACAAACAAAAGAAGAACUGAAAAUUGCUCGUAUGCAUUUAAAAGAACACCAAAAAACAAUUGAUGAACUAAGAAAAAGCGUUUCUGAAAAGACAGCUCAAAUAAUAAAUAUUCAAAAGCACUUAGAAAAAUCCAGUACCAAAUUACAUGAAAAGAUCCCAGUGCUUCAUGAAGAACAGGAGCUACCUCCUAAUGUGAAAGAAGUCAGUGAGACCCAAGAAACAAUGAAUGAACCAGAAUUAUCGAAAGAACAGUCCAAAACCAAGGAUUCAGCAAUGUCAGCAAGGAUGGACAUGGAAAGAUUCCAGUUGACUGAGAAACUUCAAGAAUGUCAUGAAGAAAUAAAAUCUCUAACUAAGGAAAGAGACCACCUUAAAAUGAUAAAAGAAGCACUUCAAGUUGAAUAUGACCAGCUGAAAGAAGUCAUUAUAGAAUCUUUGCCUAAAAUCCAAGAGGCUCAAGAUAAACAAGAACCGUCCUUCAAUAUGAAAGAAAAUGACAAGAUUACUAAAAUGACGAGUGAGAUGGAACAAUUGAAGGAAAAAUUCAAAGCUAAAGAUUCAGCACUGCUAAGAAUAGAACUGGAAAAGCUCAAGUUGACUGAGAGACUUCAAGAAAGUCAUAAUGAAAAGAAAUCUAUAGCUACAGGGAGAGAUGACCUACAGAGGCUGCAAUUUCUUCAAUCUGAAAGUGACCAGCUCAAAGAAAACAUAAGAGAAAUCAUAGCUAAACACCUGGAAACCAAAGAGGAACUUAAAGUUGCUCAUUGUUGCCUGAAAGAACAAGAGAAAACUAUUGAUGAGCUGAGAGUGAAUCUUUCAGAGAGGGAAACUGAAAUAUCAGUCAUUCAAAAGGAAUUAGAAACAACCAGUGAUGAAUUGCAGAAAAAGAUCCAAGAGCUUUAUGAGAAACAAGAACAACUUGUUGGUAUAAAAGAAAUUAGUGAAACUCAGGAAAAAAUGAGCGAACUGGAACAACUCAAGAAGUAUCUCAAAGCCAAAGAUUCAACACUACAAAAUUUAGAAAGUGAAAGUUUCAAGUCGACUAAGAGACUUCAAGAAAGUCAAGAAGAAGUAAAAAUUAUAACUAAAGAAAGAGAUGAACUGAAAAGGGUACAGGAGGCUCUUCAAAUGGAGAGAGACCAAUUGAAAGAAAACAUUGAGGAAAUUGUAGCUAAACUCCAAGAACUUCAGGAAAAAGAACAUCCACUUCUUAAGAUGAAAGCUGUCAGUGAGACUCAGGAAAAAAUGUGUGAAAUGGAACACUUGAAGGAGCAAUUUGAGGCCCAGAAGUCAACUCUGAAAAAUAUAGAAAUGGAGAAUGUAAGGUUGACUCAGAGACUCCAUGAAAACCUUGAAGAAAUGAAAUCUGUAACAAAAGAAAGAGAUGAACUUAGGAGCAUGGAGGAGACUCUCAAAGAAGAGAGAGACCAGCUCAAGGAAAACUUGAGAGAAAUUGUAAUUAUGGAACUGGAAAAACAAAAGGAACUAAAAAUUGCUCACAUGCAUCUGAAAGAGCACCAAGAAACUAUUGAUAAACUCAGAGAGAUGGUUUCAGAGAAAACAAAUGAAAUGUCAGAUAUGCAAGUGGACUUAGAAAACUCAAAUGCUGCCUUAAAAGCACAGGAUCUGAAAAAACAAGAGGAACUAAGUAUUGCUCACAUGCAUCUGAAAGAGCACCAGGAAACUAUUGAUAAACUCAAAGGGAUUGUUUCUGAGAAGACAAAUAAAAUAUCAAAUAUGCAAAUAGAUUUAGAAAAUUCAAAUGCUAAAUUACAAGAAAAGAUUCAAGAACUUAAGGCGAAUGAGCUUCAACAUUUUAAGUUAAAAGAAGAUGUCAGUGAGACACAGAAAAAAAUGUCUGAAAUUGAGCGACUGAAGAAACAAUUGAAGGACCAAAGUUUAACUCUGGAUGACAGAGAAAUGGAGAACUUAAAUUUGGCUCAGAAACUUCAUGAGAGCCUUGAAGAAAUGAAAUCUGUAAUGAAAGAAAGAGAUAAUCUCAGGAUAAUAGAAGAGACUCUCAAACUAGAGAGAGACCAACUCAAGGAAAACCUGCAGGAAACCAUAGCUAGAGAUCUGGAAACACAACAGGAACUAGAAAUUGCUUGUAUGCAUUUGAAAGAGCACAAAGAAACUAUUAAUAAAUUCAGAGAAAAAGUUUCAGAAAAGGCAACUCAAAUUUCAAAUAUUCAGAAGGAUUUAGAUAAAUCAAAAGAUGAAUUACAGAAAAAGAUGCGAGAACUUCAGAAAAAAGAGCUUCAACUUCUUAAAGUAAAAGAAGAUAUCAAUAAAACUCGUAAAAAUUUGAAUGAAAUGCAACAAUUGAAGAAGGAAUUUGAGGCCCAAAAUUUAUCUGUACAAAGUUUGGAAAUGGAUAACUUGCACUUGACUAAGAAACUUUAUGGAAGCCUUGAAGAAAUAAGAAUUAUAGCUAAGGAAAGAGAUGAGCUAAGAAGGAUUAAAGAGUCUCUCAAAAUGGAAAGAGACCAAUUCAGAGAAACCUUAAGAGAAAUGAUAGCUAGAGACCAACAGAAUCAUGAAGAGGUAAUAAAAUAUGAAAAAAAGUUACUAAGUGAUGAAAGCCUGAGAGAAAAGUGCUUUAGAAUAAAAGAGCUUCUGAAGAGAUACUCAGAAAUGGAUAAUCAUUAUGAGGAUUUGAAUAUACUGUCUCUUGACUUGGAGAAGGAAAUUGGAGCACAAAAAGAGCUUACAAUUAGAAUAAAAGCAAACCUCUCACUUCCGUAUCAGCAAACCAAACAGAUUCAAAAAUUUCUUACUGCAAAUCAGAGAUGUUCUAUGGAAUUCCAUAGAAUCAUGAAGAAACUUAAGUAUGUGUUAAGCUAUAUUACCAAGAUAAAAGAAGAACAACAUGAAUCCAUCAAUAAGUUUGAAAUGGCUUUUAUUGAUGAAGUGGAAAAGCAAAAUGAAUUACUAAUUAAAAUACGUUAUCUUCAACAAGAUGAUGGUGAACCAUCCAAAGAAUUAAGGGACCUCAAAUUGAACCAGAAAAUGGAUCUACAUAUUGAGGAAAUUAUUAGAGAUUUCUCAGAAAGUGACUUCCCCAGCAUAAAGACUGAAUUUCAACAAAUCCUAAAUAAUAGAAAAGAAAUGACACAGUUUUUGGAAGAGUGGUUGAAUUCUCAUUUUGAUAUAGAAAAGUUUAAAAAUGGCAUCCAGAAAGAAAACGAUAGGAUUUGUCAAGUGAAUAACUUCUAUAAUAACAAAAUAAUUGCCAUAAUGAAUGAAUCAACAGAGUUUGAGGAAAGAAGUGCUACUAUAUCCAAAGAAUGGGAACAUGACCUAAAAUCAUUGAAAGAGAAAAAUGGAAAACUACUUAAAAACUACCAAACUUUGAAGAUCUCCCUAGCAUCUGGUACCCAGGUUAAUCCUUCUACACAAGACAAUAAGAAUCCCCAUGCUACAUUAAGAACUACAGAAUUAACCACAAAGAAAAUUCAAGAGCUGGAAAUUUCACUACGUGAAGCUAAAGAAAGUGCUAUACAUAAGGAAGUCAAGAUUAUACAGAUGCAGAAAGAACUUGAGGUGACUAAUGACAUAAUAGCAAACCUUGAGGCCAAAGCUAAUGAAACAAAUAAAUGCUUUGAAGACGCAAAAGAAACUAUCCAAGAACUUCGGGACAAAGUUGCUUUAGGAGCUAAGCCCUAUAAAGAAGAAAUUGAAGAUCUGAAAACAAAGCUGGUGGAGAUAGAACUAGAGAAAAUGAAAAAUGCCAAAGAAUUUGAAAAGGAAAUUACUUCUACAAAAGCCACUGUGGAAUAUCAAAAAGAAGCUAUAAGGCUUUUGAGAGAAAAUCUUAGAAGAAAUCAACAGGCCCAAGAUACCUCAAUGAUAUCAGGAUGUAUUGAUUCUCAGCCUUCAAAUAAACCCUUAACCUGUGGCGGUGGCAGUGGCAUUGUACAAAGCACAAAAGCUCUUAUUAUAAAAAGUGAAUAUAUAAGGUUGGAAAAGGAAAUGUUUAAGAUAAAGCAGCAAAAUGAACAGCUAAUAAAGCAAAAUAAUGAACUGUUAAGCAAUAAUCAUCACCUUUCCAAAGAGGUCAAAACUUGGAAAGAAAGAACCCUUAAAAGAGAGGCCCACAAAGAAGCAACUUGUGAGAAUUCUCCAAAGUCUCCUAAAGUGACUGGAACAGCUUCUAAAAAGAGACAGAAUACAUCUUCUCAGUGCAAAGAAUGGAAUUUACAAGAUCCUGUGCCAAAGGAAUCACCAAAAUCUUGGUUUUUUGAUAGCCGAUCAAAGUCUUUACCAGCACCCCAUCCAGUUCGCUAUUUUGAUAACUCAGGUUUAGGCCUUUGCCCAGAGGAACAAACUAUGGGAGCAGAGAGUGUGGAUCCUCGGCCAGGUCCUUGGCACACCUCCUCAGGAAAAGAUGUGCCUGAGUGCAAAACGCAGUAG